AGGAGGUGCGGGCGUUGGAGUCGACGCUGCGGUUCCUGGUGUCCAACAACUUUGCGGGAUCGGUGAUCGGCAAGGCGGGGCAGGUGAUAUCGGAGUUCCAGGUGCAGUCGGGCGCCAAGAUCGUCAUGUCGCGCGCGCACGAGUUCUUCCCCGCCACGGCGGACCGCAUCGUGCUCAUCAGCGGCACCGUCAGCGCCAUCCUCACGGCGCUGCACCUCAUCCUCUCCAAGCUCGCCGACGAUCCGCGGCGGGUGGAGACGGCGCGCGAGGGCGAGCUGGACCUGCUGCGCAUCGUGGUGCCGCACCGCGUGUGCGGCGCCAUCAUCGGCAAAGCCGGCGCCACCAUCCGGUCGUUCGUGGAGGACUCGCAGGCCACCAUCAAGCUGUCGUCGCAGGACACCGCGGGCCCGGGGUUCGCCGAGAGGCUCAUCACGAUAGGCGGGUCGCUGGAGCAGAAGCUGCGCGCGGUGGCGCUGCUGCUGACCAAGAUGUCUGAAGACCCCACCUACGUGCAGUACGCUGACGUGCCGCUCUCCUACACCGCGGCGGGCGGGUCAUCGCAGCCGCCUCCCGCUCCCCCUGCGCCAGCGGGAGGGGGCAGGCACGAGGGCAGGAGCAGCGGGUUUUCGGGAGGAGGAGGGGGCAGGGAGGGCGGGGGCCUUCCGCCGUACCUCUCGGACCCGCGUGGCAAGGUGGGCGUGCUGUGGCAAGGUGGGCGUGCUGUGACACUGCGUGUUGGUUCUGUGAUGCCACCGUUGUGCUGCUAUACCCGUGGCCCGCCUCCUCUGCCGCUGGGCGGCGGAGUGCCGACGACCAUCAUAGUGGCGGUGCCGGACGACCACGUGGGCGCCGUGGUGGGCAAGGGUGGCAAGUCGCUGCAUGAGAUCCAGCAGUCGGCGGGGGUGCGCAUGCUCAUCUCCGACCGCAAUGACUACGUCGAGGGCACCAGAAACAGGAAGGUGACCAUAACGGGCCCAUCGGAGGGAGUGGUGGCAGCGCAGCACCUGAUAGCGCAGAAGGUGCAGCAGAGCAUUGCCUCUGCCUCGGGGGACCGCCUCCUCUCCGCCCCGGACCGCCUGCCCAGCACUGUCGACCGCCUCCCCCCCGCCCCCCCCAGGGGCUUUGACGCCGGUGCAAGGGGGUUUGACAGUGGUGCGAGGGGGUUUGACGGUGGUGGUGGGCGCGGGGGCGGUGGGGACAGGCUGGCUCAGUGGGCCAUCUGUGACGGACCAAUUUCAUCCGAGAAUAGUUUUUGUUAG